AACAACUUCCUCUCAGUGGUGACAGAGCAACAUAACGAGAGGCUGAACAUCGUUGUAAGGAAUCAUGGAUUUCAGUGACUAUAAUUACACAUUUCCUGAUGAUAAUUUCACAUUUCCUGACAUUAUUGAGUCUGUGACUCCUGAGAUUCAGCCGAUCCAGAUAGUGGCUCUGGUCAUGUACAGCCUUGUGGUCCUGCUGGGUGUGCCUGGAAAUGCUGUGGUGGUGUGGGUGACGGGGUUCUGCAUGUCCCGCUCUGUCACCUCCCUCUGGUUCCUCAACCUCGCUCUGGCUGAUCUUCUGUGCUGCCUCUCCAUCCCCUUGCUUAUGGUCCCUCUGGUCCACGACGAUCACUGGCACUUCGGUCCGCUGGCCUGCAUGCUCAUCAGAGGCCUGUUUUACCUGGUGAUGUACUGCAGCAUCCUGCAGCUGGUUGUGAUCAGCGUGGAUCGUUUGUUGCUGGUCAUCAGACCCAUCUGGUGUCAGAACCACAGGCGACCCAAACGGGGUGCUUAUGGAUGUGUUGCUGUGUGGGUCCUGGCCCUGAUAGGCAGUAUCCCACAGUUUGUGUACGCCCAGGAGAUUAAGGCAGGUGACGAGAAGAGAGAGUGUAGGAUGGAGUACACUGUAGACAGUGCCUGGCCUGUCUCUGCUUUUCGCUUCCUGAUUGGAUUCAUUAUUCCUUUCCUGGUUAUUCUAGUUUGUCACUUGGUGGUUUUCCGCAACACACAGAGGAGAAUGACACGUAGUCGGACUGGAUCCAAGAAAACCCUGAGGGUUGUCAUCUCUGUGGUGCUGAGCUUCUUCUUGUGCUGGAUACCUCUGCACAUCGUGGAUUUCCUCAUACUGACCACCCCUCGGGGUACCUAUGCGAGCCCCAAACUUCACCUGGCACACGUUAUAGCGCUCUGCCUGGCUUACUUCAACAGCUGCCUCAACCCUCUGCUCUAUGUGUGUCUGGGUCAAAGCUUCAAAGACAGUAUGAACCGCUCCCUGCGUAACAUCUUCCACUUCAUGGGCGAGGAACCGACCACCAAGAAGAGUGUCACUAAUGUGGACACCAAGAGCACCAGCAGUGGCAAAGAAAUGACAAAAAUAUAACUUUCUUGCAUAUGAAGGACUGCUGUAACAUAAACAUUUCUGUCAUGAAGUUUAGCAAAAGACUUUGGCUUGGAUUUAAGUCUGUGAACACGAAAUACUUUUUUCCAGUGAAUUUGGGUGGUAAGUCAAGUCAAAUUUCAAGAUUUCAAAAGCAGAACUGAUAGUUACACUGUAAGGUUUCUGUAAAAAUCCAUGUCUUACGCAACAAAACUCAUGAAAGUUCUAUUUUUGGCUGUCACAAAAGAAUUACUUCAGAGCAUUAUGUAUAUGAUGCAUUUUCUGACUUUUUGUCAUGUUUUAGUAUAGUUUGGUAGCAGAAAUAAAAUACAUAGAGAUUUGAUUACUUUUUCGCAGUGAUUAUAGAAAAAUGCUGAUUCCAUCUUCUUGUAUACAUGCUGUUUUCAUAGACCACAAGAGGCAGACACACUCUAAAUGGCUGACACUCAAUUAGCUGUAGAACUCUUUGAAAAUAAAUCAAAACUAUUAAUACCAGUUAUAACUGCUAUUAACAGUUAUGAUCUUCAGUUAUAUAUCUCUUUUAAGCCCCAGUAUGUUUCAGAGCCAUAGAUCCUGCAUAGGUGCUUAGAUUCUAUUAAUAGCUGGUAGUUGGUCCUUUGCUACAUUUUGCUAAAUCUAAAAUCAGGAAUCUUCGAGUAGUUUUUGACUUUUGUUUUCACUUUGAAUGUUCAUCUCAAAUGUCUGCUUACGAAACAAGUGAAGUCCCAUUGUGUGACGCUCUGAACUAAAUGUGUUUUUCUUGCAUUUUUUUCAUUAUGUGUGGAUUAUUAAAAUCCAUUGUUCACUCCUGAACACUCCAGGUUGUUCUGAACACUGCUGCAAGGCUUCUGACUAAAUCUUCCAGGUACUCUCAUGUCCCACUGUUGCUGACCCAGCUGCACUGGGUCGUCAUUAAAUUCAGUCUCCACUUUAAGAUUCAAAUUUUGACCACGGACAAGCACCAGCAUACAUUAGUGAACUUUUACAUCCAUACGUCCCCAGCAGGUCGUGUGAUCACCUCCUGAUCACCUGGAGAUACUGGUUGUGCAUUACAUGAGGCACUAAAUGGAAUGAGAGCUAUUUGUAACAGUGGCCCCCAGACUCUAUAACUCUGUAACUCUCUACCUUAUGGUCAUCACAAUGACUUGGUGGUCUCUUUCAAAGAACAGCUGAUAAAAUUUUUUAUUUUUUUAAAGCUUGAGUUUGUGAUGUUUAUCUUGAAAGUUGAUGUAAAAAAAAAUGUACAUAUAUGUACUUAUAUUUCUAUCUAUAUGAUGGAGGUAUUUUGAGGCAAAGAGACUAGAAAGAGACAAGAGCUACGAUAAAUAGUCAAAUCUGGGGUUUGACCAUCAUUACAUAACUAUUAAUAUUGUUUACCAUUACAUAUAGUUUGCUAUUACAUAUCAAGGCUCAAUACACACUAUUGGCUGUAUAGAUACUUUCAUACUAUACUCAACAGAGAGAGUUGGUCAUGAGCUGCAAAUCCAUCCAUCCAUCCAUCCUCUCAUCCUACAGUGGAUUACCAGUCCUUCACAAGGUUAAAGCAAAGAGCUUAACAUCACAUGGGGGGAAAAUGUAUUCUUGAAAGUUUUCAAUCAGGAUUUCUGCAUUUCUAACUUUUAACAUAUAAAACAGAACCUUAAUUUUUGCAUUAUAUGAAAUAUUAAGAAUAUAUUAACCUUCAUUUUGCUCGUUAACACAUUGUCUUUUUUGAUUUAAGAAUAAACAAAAAAGUGCUAAAAUAUCAAAA